UUCAUUCAGAAUGAAUGGGCGUGUGAGUAAGCAGAGUGGUAUCAAGUUGUCAAAAGCAUCACAUUUUAAGCGAUGUGCUACUAAGAAAGGAAAUCAUGAUCACUAAACAAUUUAGAAACUUGAAACCUUUUCUCUUUUGAUUACACUCUCACAUAACGUUUCAGUGAUUUAAAAAAAAAAAUUAAGUUGCAUAUAUUUCCCAUCUACCAUGAAAGUUCCUUUGAGAACAAUUCUAAAAAACUUUCUGAACCAUGUCGAAGAUCUGGAAAAGCGACAAAAACUUGGUGAUGAUCAAUAUGAAACAGAAUUUCAAGAACUGAAAAAACUAACUGACAAACUCAAAGAAGAUCCUGCUUAUCCCAGUUCUGUAGCUUUAAAAGAUGUGAAUCGUCCAAAAAACAGAUACAAGGACAUUGUUCCAUAUGAUUCCUCUAGGGUCAUCCUUCCCAAAUAUGAUGGUAUACCAGGCUCUGACUACAUUAAUGCCAGUUAUGUUAAGGGAGCUAGUGGUGCUUUUGCAUAUAUUGCUGCUCAAGGACCACUUCCAAAUACUGUUGUUGAUUUUUGGAGGAUGAUAUGGGUUUGUGAAGUCCAAGUCAUUGUUAUGGCUUGCAAUGAGCAAGAAGCUGGGAGAUACAAAUGUGAAAAAUAUUGGCCUGAUGAAAAGCAAAUCCUUAAUUUUGGAAACGUUUCAAUUGAACUGGUUCAAGUUACUCAAGUGUGUCCCGACUUUCUUGUAAGAACGCUUUUGGUGAAGUGUGAUUCUGAAAUGAGGGAUGUGUAUCAGUUUCAUUAUACCUCAUGGCCUGAUCAUGGUGCCCCAGAUGUAGUGCAACCAAUAUUAGAAUUAGUGCGCUUGAUGAGAGAUUGCCAAGCUUCAGAGACUGUACCUAUUCUUGUACAUUGCAGUGCUGGAUGUGGUCGAACGGGUACAAUAUGUGCUGUAGAUUUUGUUUGGGCCUGCUUGAGAAAUGGGAAACUGGAUGAAGACUUUUCUUUCUUCAAUAUUGCUUUAGAGCUACGGCGGCAACGAAUUGCAAUGAUACAGACUAAGGAACAAUAUAUUCUUGCUCAUAAAGCUAUAGCUACCAUGUUUGAGCAACAAUUGAAAGUUAUUGAUUGCCAUAUUUACGAAAAUAUUGAUGAAGAUGGAGAACCUCUUAUGUGGAAAGAAUUAUCAAUGAACACCAAAAGUCUUCUUAAAGAAUGUCCCAAAGAAUGGCAAGUGGCACAAGAAAACAUGAUAAAAACUGGUUCAAAAACUCGUGUUGAUUUGGCAUCAAAAAUUUUUAAGAGUGCAGACUUCAAACCAUCUUCAGAAAAACAGCAGCAAAGUGAACGGAAUAGAAUUCAUCGUGAUUAUUCAACAGAUAAUACAACUUCUUCUAAAAUUAGUAUAUCUGAUUCAUUGAUCAGCAGCAAAAAUAGUGAUAGUAGUUUUUCGCGCAAUUCUUAUCUAUCUGAACAAAAUAACGAUGAAGCAAUACCAUUUAUUGAUGAAGACGAAAUAUCGUUUAAGCCAAAUAGUGGUAGAGCAUACUUAAAUAUACCAAGUUGUGAAAGCAUUUCAAAAUUAAUGGAUUGUUUCGAUCCUUUUGUUGAUCAAAUUUCAGUAGGAACAGAUGACAGCAGUCCAGAUGGCGAUACUUCCAAUAAACUCUUGGCAUUUAAUUCUUCGAUUAGUUGUGCUGAGUUAAAGAAACACGACAAUGAAAAAAAUUCCAAAGGAACUCAACUCACGGAUUCAAACGACCAGUCAAAUUUUCACAAAUUUGCUACGCUGAACAUUUGCUCAAAAAAUAGAUAUCCCGACAUCAUAAGUAGUCGUGAAAGUUACCCUCCUUCUUCAAGUAAGGAGAAAGUGCAAAAGAAUUUCGACAGUGGCUUUGCACAAAAGAGUGAAAAUUCUUCCAAUGAAACAAGUAUGAAAUUAAUUGGGAAAGCAACUGUCGUGAGAAGGCCUAGUAUUUCAAAACUGAAAGCACUAUUUGAAAAAUCUACUGCUUGUUCUAGCAAAGCUGUUGGUGAGGUCACCAAGCGAUCUCUGUUUCGACACAACUCUCAUUGUGUCUCUCGUGCUGGAUCUGCUCCUCCUUCGUUGAACUGCAUGAAUGAAAAUGCAGAUGUUGAACGAGAUUCAAUAUUAAUGAUGGUGACCAGAAAGUUUCGAUCAUCCUCUGUAAGAUCAGAACGUGAGGUGAACUCGAAACAAACUGAAAAGUGUAUAAACAAAAAAUCAGCUUCCGGAGCUUUGAACAAUUUUAAGGACAGUAUAUGUUCUUUGUCAAGAAAUAUGUCUCUAAGCUUUAACAAAACGUUCAAAAGUUCGUCUUCUAAAGCAAAAGUUGAUGAUACUUUCAGCAAAGUACCAGUGAGUAGGACUCAGUCUCAUGUUAAAAAUGUAAACCCUUCCAAAAUACUUGAAACUCAAACAAAAGGAAAAUCAACUUGGUACGAUAAAUCAUCUUUACCACGUGCUGUUGCAAUAGUUAAACCUACUGAGAAGAUUCCUGCUCCUCCUGCUGUCUUGGUAAAGUAUAAAACUCUUAAACAAGAUGAUGAAAAAGUCGAAUGUAAAGAACCUUCAAACCCUGUCAUUUAUAAGGAUGACAAGAAUGUGUCUGGAGCUGGAAGUUUGAUUGCAAGUUCAAACAAAGAUACAGCUUUAAUUGCUAAAACUGAAGAGCCUCAUUUAAAUGCAUUGAAUGAGAACAAAACUUCUGAUGUUAGUAAUUUCACUAAUCUAAAAUAUUACUCAAAAAAUUUUUCCUACAAAAGUGCUCCUUUCUUUCAAACUGCAACACCUUGGAAAAAGCUCAGUACUAAAAGUCCUCUUAGCAGUCCGACUAGUCCCAAGCAUGCCAGUGAAUUUUAUUUAGAUUCUAAUAUUGAAAUUAGCAACUCAACCUUUUAUGCAGGGAUUGCAGAACCAGCCCAAAAUGAACCACUAUCUGUUUCAGAGGAAAAAAUCACAAAUAUAUCAAAAUGUCCUGUUCCUGAAGAAAUCAUUCAGCUCCAAGAUAUAAAGCAAACAUUUUGGCCACCAAGCACUUUACUUUCUGCCGAAUCAUCAAAUCCUGAAUCAAUUAAAACUUCUAAAUCUGUUCUAAGUGAACCUAAUCAUACAGGGAAAACUGUUGAUGGAACAAGUUCUGAAAAUUCCUUGAAUACGAAAUGUUUGAAAUUUCAAAAUGAUCAAGAAAGUAACUCAGCAGCAGUCGAAGAAAGAGUUUUACCAGAAAGAGAAACUUUCUCUCAACCUAGUAAUCUAUUGAAUAAAGAUCCCACUUUAAGUCAGGAUGACCAAAAUAUGUUAAUUACUCAAGCAUCUGCUCACAAAGAAAAUAAUCUUGGUGAUAAAAAUCAAAGCGUAAAAGAAAGAAAAGAUUUAGCUUUACUAGAAAAUGUGAUCACAAAUUCAAGUAUUCAACAAUCCUGUAAAGAAGAAAAACUUACAGUUCAUUGUGACACACCUCCUGCUAUACCUAAGAAAAUGAUAAUUGGAAAAAAUAAACUCUCAGAAUUUUCAAACUCUACAGUUGACUUGAAAGAAAAAUUGACAAGCGCAACCAGGAAUGAACUGUCACCUAAACUGAACAACGAAAAUGCAUUUGUUAACAAUGAACGUACAGUAAAAUCUGAGGACCCAGUAUGUAGCUCAACAGAUGAAAAGAAUGAUGUAUAUAUAAAUCUUAAUAUGAAAGCAGUGAAGAACAUUGAACAAAUAGAAAAUACAUUAUGUAAAAAUCCUCGUGGUGCAAUUAUUGAUUUGACAUCUCGUGAAUCUUACUCUAUGGAAGAAGAUUUGGCUCUUGCAGUCAAACAACUGACAGAAUCUGGUGAAAACACUAAGCCAUUUUCUAAGACCAGUUCUAAAUAUCCAGGCUAUGAAGUUAUCUGGCCUGAAAAGGAGCAUUUAAGGACAGCUAGUUGCAGAUCAAACAAAGAAAGAUCUGACACAAUGCAAGGAAAUCUAUCAAAAGAAAGCAAAACUGGCGUAUGCUACAGCCCUCCUCUUAGACGGAGCAUUAACUCGAGUUUUUCAUUGUCAAAGUCGCAAUCUUGUGACAGAUUAGAUUGGCUCAAAUCUAAUAGAAUUCCGGCCCUUGAAAACAUGAAAGAUCAAGUAUCAACACCUGAAAAAAAACUCGUUAAUAAAGCAGUUGUUGAAUUUAGCACUCUUUUAAAUCAGUUGACUACUAGAACAUUGUCAGAAGAUGUGAAUGUUAAACCUGUUUCCAAACCAGAUUCUCAUAACGGACAGGAUUCCAUUCAAAAUGAUACAGACCGUGAAGUUUUUAAUGCCAGAAGAAAUGAAAUGGAUCUCUCUAUGACCAGUUCUGUGACUUUAGUUGCUAAAUCUUGUGUAUCUGGUACUUCUCCUACUGAAGAAGAAAUAGUGUUUCACUUUCCCCCACCACCUCGUGUUCCUCCUCCACCUGAUGUUCACUCAAGUGUUGAAAGUUUUAACGUUUCUUACAAAAAUGGUUCACUAGUUGUGACAGAGAAAAUGAAGUGUGAAACCAAAUGUGAACCUAAAAAAGAAACCAAUAUUUCAACCAAUGACAAAAUCAAUGAAACUUUUCCAACUCCAGCACCUCGUAGAAGUAAACAGGGUGCUAAUAAUCUCAAAAAAUCUGCUUCAUAUACAAACAUAUGUGCUCCAUUUGUUAAAACAGGUUAUGAAAACAUAUUUUUAGAAAAAUAUCAGACAUUAUCUCGUUUAGAAAUUAAAUCUAAUGAGGUGAACAAUGGAGCCUCUCUUGAAUCUUCAGUGCCAAAAGAGAAAUCUUCUCUUAAAAAUUCUGAACUAUUUCACAGUAAAUGGCCAAGUUAUGUGAAUACUGAUGUCAUGCAAAGUCACAGAGGGACUGCUGAAACUGUACCUAAUAAAUUGUUAGGAUUUAAUGAUUUAAAUGAAAAUAGACAAAUGAGAAGCAAAGAGACUGUUUUAAAAGUAAAUCAAUUUAGUAAUCAAUCAAACCUAUUUCAAAUUAGUCCAGCAAAGUGUAAAGAUAUGAAUGACUCUGAAGUUGGACGUAAAUUUCUUCCAUCUAAAAAAAGUGAACGUGCUCCACUACCUCCAAAUUUCAAACCAGAUGAACUGAAUUCAGAUGAAAGGAGGCUUAGCAAAUUAGACAGUACUCCUUCCAAGAAACUCCCAUCAAGGAAGCUUGAAAAAGCGCCUCCUCCUCCAUUAUUGCAGAAAAGCUCAUCACCAACAAACUUAUCCAAAUUAAACGUACAAAUCCCCUCUUUUAACACACACUUCCCAGCUUCUAAUACUAUAAGUCAUGAAUCCAAACUUCCUGCAGUGCGAGAAAACAUACCUAAUGUUGAUUGCUCUAAAAUGGAGGAAAGGAAAAAGAGGUUUAUGCAAUUAAAAGAAAACUUUUCAGGUCGCGGAUUAUCUCAUUCACAGUCUGAUGUUAGUGUAUACCUUGCUCUAAAAGAGCGUAGAGCUCUUUCCUCAAAAAAAGAAUUCAUUGCAUACAAUCAAAGUGUCAAAUACAAAACGCCAAAACCAAUUCAAGAUGCUAAUAAUACAAGCAGUGACAGUGAUAGUAGUUAUGAGAAAAUUACUCAAGCAAAACCCAGUUUGGACUGUUUAAACAUAAGUCAAGAAAUCAAUCCAGAAGAACAAAAUGUAGCUGUUGACAGCAGGUAUGGAAAUGAUGUUCCAGUUGCACCCCCUAGAUCAAAACGGCGUUCCACUAUUGACCUUCAAUAUGCUAAAGUUAAGCCUAAACAUGCUUCUCAUCUACAAGGAACAAAUGCUGCUCGGGAAGAUAUUCUAAAGAAGAAUUCUGAAGCGAAAGUGGUGCUUAAACAAGAGGUGCCUCCUACAGUCCCUUUGAAAACUAAAGAUGUAUAUAAAGUUCCUGGUGAACUUUUAGUCAUAGGAUCUAACGAAGCACCUAAAACCAAGACCACAACUUCAAAAAUAAAUUCAGAUUCAUAGCAUCGUGUCACAGAAUGGAAAUAUAUGUACUUAAUUUAUUUGUUUUUUUACUUUUAUUGCAUUUUAUGAAGCAUUUUUGUCUAUCUACGCCUUGUUUCUCCUGGUGAUAAAAUGCCCCCUGUGAUUCUCGAUAUAUUACUUAUAUUAAAUUGCUCAGUCAGAUCUGACAGUAACAUUUUGUUGCAUUUAAAACGAUCAAUAUUUUUGUCAAAUUUUAAUAUUUCAUGAAUCUUGUACAAAUAAAAGACUUGAAAGCAAGUUUUGUAAUUGACUUUCUGCUAUGACAUUCAUUUUUUGUGUAGUAUAGCACAAAAUAAAUGACCUUGUGGGGGAAAAUACCUAUUAUUGCAUUUAUUAAGAUUUCUUUAUAAUUCAGCCUUUAUUUAAAUCGUAAUAUCUAUUUUUAAGAUAUGUAUUGAACAGAGAUUUAAUGCUGUAUUGUCAGUCUGUGAUAAAAAUGUUUAAAUGUCUUAUUACAAUUUAUUUGAAUUCCUUCAGCAUUUUUGUAACUUCAC